AAUCCAUUCUCGGAUCGGAGUUCUGCGAACAAAAGCGGGGGCAAUGAGCGGCGAGAAGCACGUCUUCCACGCGAGGACGUUCGCGCAGCUGCUGAGCACAGCUUCAACGCAUGCUGCUGCGUCGUGGGACGUCAGUCAGCUGCACCGCGCGACCAAGUGGGCUGAGCUCGCGCAGACGUCGUACUGUGCCAGUGACGCGUCGGCGCAGACCAAGCGCGACAUGUGCGCUGCCGCCGACACACAACUCCAGCAACCCAAGCAACCGCAAGCGCUGUUGCAUGCUGCAGGACCAACGUCAACAGCAACGGCGGCGGCGCCAUCACAGCCGAGACUGGCGACUUCUGGUCCUGCAGCGCUCUCGUCCGCGCUUGCAAGUUUCAGUGCAAGUCACAUCCUGAGCACUGCGCGGCAACGGCUGCUCUCCGUAUUAAUCCAGAAUGUGCACAUUAGUCAACCCGUAUACCUGGAGGUGCUGCGAUUGUAUCUCGCGCUUGAGGACGAAUCUCCCGCCACGACAACAACCAUAACAAUUCCCGCCAAAUCCAAAUCAGGCGCACCAAUGCUCAUCCAAGACCUCACUGCUUUGGCGAGAGCCGCAGCUGCUGCACGAGCCGCAUCCGAUGCACGCCGUUACUUUGAAGGUGACUGGACGGGCAUGGAGGACGGUGCCGAUGCCGAUCAGAGCGACGCCGACGAUCCGCAGAUGGCGCUGCUCUUGUCGUUAUUGACCUCGUCCUCGCAGGGCGGCGGCGCAUCAUCGCAACAGUCGUCUCAGUCGUCUCAAUCGUCUGGAGCAAGACGAGAAGCCUUGCUGCGUCUCCCACACAAGCUGGUUCUCGAGCUCUGUUCCCGCGAUUACGAGUUCUUCCAAAUCUACCUCUCCACGUUAAUCCAAGCCCUGCUGCAAGUGGCUGCGCCUGUUUCUUCCGACUCGUUUGCCUUUGCCAUUGCUGGUCGAAAGCCCGAGGGCCCAUUGCUGGCCAUGCUGCGUGCCCGGUUUACCGGCUUGCUUGCUGCCAGCGAGCCAAUACCCCGUUAUGUCUGCACCGCGCUCCACGAUCUCUCCGAAUCGCUUGCCACGUCCCCAAGCGCCGGAUCUCUGGACGCGUUUAUCCAGUCUGUGCUGCCAAAGUAGCAGCAAGCACAUUAUUGUUUGUUAGUCAAC